AUGAAGUUAGGAGGGUGUGAAUCUGGCGAGCAGCAAGCUGAGGGGCAGCGCCAGGAGCCAGGACUCGACCCCUACAAUCACGUAGAGGCAAGUGCACACACUGAUAAAAGUAGCAUACAGUACGCCAGGUGGCAGGGAGGGUGGCAGGCAGCCACACAUGACUGCUGGCAGCUGAUCACCGAGCACCACCAACCACACCUGGGUUGCAGAGGUUCUUGCAGCUACAGUCAUGUUUACAUCAAAAGGUUUGGUAUAGAGGUUGCUGACAUACCUACUUUGACGAAACAUGAUAUUCGUGAUAAAGUUUGGUCACACAUCGAGGACCAUGAUCUAGCAACAUUUCCAAGACCUGUCAGUAACCGCAUUCCAAACUUUAAGGGUGCUGGUGAGGCUGGUCAGAGAGUAUGUAACCUGCAGUGUUUCACCAGUGCACAGACCAUUAAAGUGAACCCAGACAAGCCUCAGGAAGAAGUGAGGUUCCUUACUCUGGAGGCUGGAAAAAUAUUGCUUGUCCCCACCCCGCGAUUAAGAAGUGGUCUCUUUAACCGUAUGGAUGGCCAUUCAUCGGAAAACAAAGAAAAUCUGCGAGUAAUGGCACAGACUGAAGGAAUGAAGAAACACUCUAAGCCUGUGGGUCUGGAUAUGGGCAUUAAGGUUGAUCUCAUUGUUAUUGGCUCGGUGGCUGUUUCUCUUACAGGUAAGAUAUAUAAAUAUAUUGUUUUCUAAGAGAUUUUAGUUGAU